AGGGUUUUUUUUUUUUUUUUUAAGAGGGAGUGGGUGCUUGGCAUCGCCUUCUCGAUCAGAACCCUAGGGUUUUGUGAAGCGCCUGCCAUGACUGAAGGCCUCUGCGGGAAACGUCUAGAGUUCGAGGAAACCAUUGGAUCUCCGCCUUCGGCUCCGUCCGCUAAAAGAUCACGUUUCUCGAACUACGGUUCUCCCAUUCGUAUCGCCGAAGCUGGCGUCGCGGCCGAGGAUAAGGUCUCGGUUCUUCUGCGCAUGUUCCCGUCUAUGGAUCGGAAGGUCGUGGAAAAUGUUCUAAACUCGCAUGAUAGCAAUAUUGAUGAUGCGAUCAAGAAUCUUCAUGCUCUUUGCCUUGGUGAAACUUCAGUGAGGAAUGAACCUGUUUUUGUCCAAUCAAAAGAAGAUGGAGAAGAAGGUGUUAUAAAUGCACAGAGUCCUGUAGUGAAUGCUGCAGUCUUAUAUAAUGCUGAGUCUGGUCUUGAGCUAAAAGAAACUCAUGGAUCCUCAUGGGUGGAUAUAUUUGUCCAAGAAAUGAUGAAAGCAGCAGAUUGGCACGAUGUGAGGAGCCAAGCCAUGAAGAUUUUGGAAUCUUUUAAACAAAUGAUUGUUGUCCAUUCUACUUCAUCCAAGGAGCAAGAGAUUGCUUCUCUGAAGGAGCAGUUGCAGUUCUUGCUGAGAGAUAAUCAAAUUUUGAAGAGGGCUGUUGCAAUUCAACAUGCACACAAUUUAGAAUCUGAGGAGAAGCUUAAGGAAGUGCAACAGCUGAGGAAUAUAAUUAGUCAGUACCAAGAGCAAGUCCGCACACUGGAGUUGAACAACUACACGUUGAAGAUUCAUCUCCAGAGGGCUCAGGAGGCUACCUCUAUUCCAGGUCGAUUUCAUCCAGACAUAUUCUGAUGGUUAAGCAACUCUGAAUCCAUCUUUCGCUCACUCAAUCUUUUGACAAAUCAUCACAUUUUCAUAAGGUGAGUUCAUGGCUAAGCUGUCAUGGACCUCUUCUUCAACAAUUUUCUGUAAUAAAUGGGUCUAAAUAGACCAAAUUGGCUCGCAGCUGAUGAGAAGGCAUCAUUUGGGUUGAUGGCUUAAGCUGAGACCACAUAAAUUUGCUGCAACUAGGAUCUGAUUGACGGCUAAUUCAAGAUUUAGGAUACGGUUCUUAUCUCCCAUCUUAUCGAAUAUAUAGCCACAAAUUCUUGAUAAGUACUUCUACUUUGUUUUCUUGUUGGCUCUGGAUGUGAAUGCUUCCUUCUGUUGAUUCGUUUUGAUGCAAAUAUAAGAUUGUAAA